AUGGAUGAACAAUUUGAACUAUUCUUCGAAAAAAUUAAAACUGAAAUGAAGAACCAAUCAGAUUCUAUAACAAGCACUAUUAUGGAAAAAAUUGGUGAAAAAUUAGAACCUGUGAUAGAAGAAAACAAAAAAUUAAGAAUUAAAGUUGAGCUUUUGGAAAAAAAGAUAGAAACUUUAGAGAGAGACAAAAAAAACAACAAUAUAAUAGUCCACGGGCUGAAAGAGGGAGAAAAGACUACAGAGCAACUGCUUAAAAAUACCAAGGAAGUAUUUUUGAAAACAUUAAAUAUAAAUAUUCAAGAUUGUGAAAUAAACAAGAUUUAUCGUAUAGGGAAAGAAAUCAAAGGUAACAAACCUAGGCCGACACUCUUAUCCUUUGUUAGUGGAUUGAAAAAAAACGAGAUAUUAAGGAAUAAGAAGAAGUCGAAGGAAAUAACAUUCACAGAAGACUACUCUAAAGAUAUUUUAGAAAAGAGGAAAGCACUAAUACCGCAAUUAACAGAAGAAAGAAAUAAAGGCAAAAUCGCUUACCUAAAAUACGAUCAACUCAUAGUAAAGGAAAAAUCAAACACAUGUUAUGAGAAAAGAAAAAGGGAGGUAUCUACUUCUCCGCAAUACUCUCAGCCAAAAAAACAACAAAUUUCAUCUUCAUCGAAGGAGAUAGUGAACGUAUAUGACAUGAUGAGAGCUAGGUCCAACUCUCUUACCUCUACAACCUGUUCAAGAGACAAAAAAUCAUAG